AUGGAUUCCUUAGAUGAUUUCCUGGAAACCCUCAAGGUCGAUUUGGAAUCGGAUGACGGGGAUCAUUCGAUAAAAUCAGGGUUAGACGAAGAAAACUUUGUCUCAAAGAAACGUCGGGAAACCUUCACUGAUUCCAUGCUCCGAGAUGAUGUAGUUCAUGUUGUUCAAUUUACAUCGGCAGCCAGCGUUCAAAGCCAAAAUAGAAAACUAAUGGUGAUUGGACUGAUACUUAUCCUUAGUAUCUCGGGUCUGUUUCGCUUUAGUAAAAGUGUGGUCCCCUUUUUCAUGGAAGCUACAUCAAAAGUAGAGGAAAAGCAGGCGGUUGGAAAUCGAUGA